CAGUGGCUAUGUACUGCACAUGCGCUUUUCAUAAUGGCGUCGUGUAAACAUCAUGUAACACGAGGCGACAUAAUCCCGGGCCCCAAUCGGACUGUCGCCUACUAAAAAAUACCGCUAGGUAAUAGCAUGUAACUUUCUUUUCCCCAUCUUCAGUAUGCCUGGUCAAAACAAAAGACAAAGCACCAGAUCGUCCUUGUUUACUGAGUCCGAGGAUGUAGCUUACGAAAAGGUUUUGAAGAAGGCUAAGGAAGUGAAUGUGAAAGAGAAACAGGACCACAGACAGAGCCAGGCGAGGCAAGUGAUUGCAAAGGAACAGACGCCCUCAACUAGGACAUCAUUUGAAUCAACAGAGACAUACAAGCAAAGCCCUGUCAGAACAAGUCACUUCACUUCUAUUCAGACCACACUUACCAGAACCACACCACCAGCUGCGCGUUCCUAUACUGCAUCUUCACCACAGCGCCAUCAUUAUCAAAGUCCAUACAGUCCUCUCGCAUGUUCACCAUCACCAGGACGUAGCAGUGUUGCAUAUCCAUACAGUCCUCUCAAAUGUUCACCAUCAUCUGGACGUAGCAGUGUCGCGUCUUCAACGCAAAGCAGCAUUUCUCAUGCCAUAUCUACCCCUACUAAGACAACACCACCACCGCUAGGGCGAGGCAAAGUUGCUCUCUCACCACAAGGCAGUGAUUCAAACGCUACAUCAGAUGAUGCUUGGCAAGACGCCAUCUUCUCCGGACUCUACCAUCUCACACAACACAACGUGGAGGUCGGUUCAGCGGGCGUGAGGCGUGGUGUUCGUCUCGCAAAAACAAACCUCGCCAAGGUAACAUUUCAUCACAACAAAGAGAUAGAUUCACUCAAACAGGCUCUUGCAGAGGUUAAAGGCCAAGUUGUCAAGUAUCAACAAAUGGAAAACCACACCCAUGUUAAACUCAUGGCUGCUAACAAAAGCAUCAGUACCCUGCAAACAUAAGUCGCAACUUUAAAGGAGGAAAAUGAAGAACUCAAUGAUCAACUGCUUGCUCAUUUCGAUGCCCCCGCAACACUAGUUGACAACAAUAGCCCUUCUUCAGAUGAGACCAAAGCUGUUGACAACAAAGAGCUGCAAGACGAAAUCUGACAUUUUUCUGUGCAAUCAACAAUUUUGUCUCUACAAAAUGUCUGGCUUAGACCAACAUAUCAAUACUGUAUUUCAUCUCAAAAUGUACUUUCAUAGUACCGUAGUCAUAUCAAACUCAAAUAUACUGCUGAAUUGGUAACUUCUAGUCUUAUUAAACUUUUAACAGGAAGAGCUGACUGCCAAUGCAUUCUAGUCACAGCAAACUUCAACACUCACCGCUGCACAAAGCUUAAACACUGAAAACAGCUGAAUAUCAUUAUAUUCUGGUUGACACGUUGCAAUAAUUGACAAUAUCCAUUUUAAAAUCACAAGCACCGUUUCCACUGCCAUUGUAUCAAAAGCCUGCCCAACAUAUUCAGCACAAUUAUUUUUUCUAAUAAAGAAAUAUAUUAU